AUGGGUCCAAACUUCAAACGUCGCAAGAUCGGCAAGAUCGAAAAGGUCGAAGAAGUCAGUUUCGACCCAGCCGCUCGCGAAGAAUUCUUGACUGGAUUCCGGAAGCGCAAGCAGCAGCGUAUCAAGCAUGCGCAAGAGAUCGCGAUUAAGAGGGCAAAGGAAGAGAAGCGACAGGAUCGCCAAAAGCUUCGCGAAGAGCGAGCGGCAGAGUUCAACCGAGCGAUGGAAGAGCACAAAUUACAGCUGAAGCGUCUCAAGGAGGAGGAUACCAGCGACAAUGGCGACUCGGACGCCGAAGAAGAGAGCGACGACGAGUGGGAAGGCAUUGAGGAACCGCCUGCGGUGGACUACGAAGCCGAAUACAUCGACGAAGACAAGUACACUACGGUCACCGUGGAAGAGAUAGACAAUUCUCGAGAGGGUCUACGCAAGUCGAUUCUAGGAGAAGACUUGGAGGAGGUGGAGAAGGCCAAGGCCAAAGCAGAAGAAGCGGCGAAGCAGAAGGCAGAGGAAGAAGCCAAGGCCGCCAAAAAGAGGAAAUUCACGACCGACAAGCCCAAGAAGAAGAAGAAGCAGUUCCGGUACGAAAGCAAGCAAGAUCGCAAAGUUGCCGCGGCCAAGCAGCGCUUGUCAAAGGCAAAGAAAGCCAAGGCCCGGAGGGAGAAAUGA